AUGAUUACCUAUCCAGAUUUUUACACCAACUCUUGCUGCAGUCAUCCAAUAGCGGACUUUCCAUUAGAAGCCGAAGAGGAAAAUGCCACUGGAAUAAAGAGAGCAGCUGUUCGCCGACUAAAUUACGAACUUGGCAUCCCACUUGAAAGCCUACCACUCGACAGUCUCAAUUAUAUCACUAGAAUUCACUACAAGGACGAAGGGAAUGGCAAAUGGGGCGAACACGAAAUAGAUUAUGUGAUUUUCAUACAAGCUGAUGUUAAAAUCAAACCGAAUCCGAACGAAAUAUCAGAAAUUAGCUUUGUUCCCAGAACGGAAUUGGACGAGUAUAUUCAUACUCUAAGCGGUCCUUUAACUCCAUGGUUUCAGCUUAUUUUAAAACACCGACUUAAGCUUUGGUGGGAUAAUUUAGAAAAUCUAGACGAAUUUAAGAACUAUGAGAAAAUACUUCAAUUAAAAGCGUAGAUAAAUAUAAAUUUGAAUAAUUUUGUGUGGCAUUUUGUUAAAUUUUAAAAUUUUAUGGCAUUUAUUUCUUGUAGCUUUAAACUGUUUCAAACAGUAUUAUAUUCAGAUUAGAUCUGACAUGUAUUUAAAAAAGCAAGUAAGUUUGUUACUAAUACUAC